CCUUUUUUCCACCGCUUGACAAUUCAUAGACAAGCUCCAAGGUGUGGUUGGUAUCUGGAUUUUCUCGUGGAUUCUUUACUGGCUGCCUUCAUUCAGAGAAGAAUUCAAACACAAACUGGAACUCUGUCCUCUGGUCUCCUGGUUUGGAUCUUAACUGACUGAAGACACACAAGGGAGAAGAUGAUCUGCAGCAUCCUGCUGCUCAUCAUCCUGACCUCCUGUGUCUCUGGAACAUUUGUAGUGAAUGUGACCCAGACCUCCUAUCAGGCAGAGGAGAACCACCACAUCACACUGGAGUGGACCUUCACAACCAACCCUCACAGUUCCUCCAACUAUCUUUUUAUCUUCUGUGAACUGAUAACUGAUCUCAGAUCCUCAGUCCUGUUUCGUCUCCAUGAAGGAGUUGAGGUCCCAGAGUCUCAGGAUGAACAGUUUGCAGGACGAGUCCAGUGGGACAAAGACGUCCUCAGAGAAGGACGACUCAGACUUCAUGUGUCCAGACUCAGGACUGAAGACUCGGGACAGUACGUGUGUGACGUGAUCUUAAAUUAUAAGAGUAACUCUGGUAAAUGUCGGCUCAAUGUCACUGCAGCAAGGGAUCAGCCGGAACCUGAGACACCCAACACAACAAGUCCACCACAACCAGAGAUUUGGGGAAGGAUCGGUCUCUACUGUGGACUGACAGCAGCUCUGCUGGGUUUUUGUUUCUGUCGUUGUCUGCUGAGAGAACAAGAUUUCUUCUCAAAGUUUAAAGGUGGAUUGAGAAAAAGUUACAGUUCAGCAGGUGGAUCAGUGGACACUUCAAAAAGACAGUUAGAAUUUGAUUUCAUAAGACAGAGACACAGAAAUUACAAAAGUGUUUGUUAGAAGUCUGAAGGACACAAAGAUCAGCUGCUGACAGCAAAUUAACUCUGGGCUCACAGAAUAAACCAACAGGUUCAUACUGACAGCAUCAGGUUCAGGUUAUUUUAUUGGUACCCGUAGGUAGACUAGGUUUACAGUCUAAGAGGCAGGACAUCCUUAAAACUUUGUAGAGCAUGUUGAGCAGUUCAGCUUUUAAGUUCAAUAAUCAAUCCCUUUAUUGAAUACCCUCCACGAUACGAAGCAGGCUGUAGCUUAUAUGUGCAAUUGUUGAAACCUUUUUCAAUGUAAAGCUCUAUGUGAUCAUAUCCAGUAGUUUUUAUAUCCUGUCUAUCAUGUAGUUGACUACUGCAGGAUGUAAUGAAGGAACUCAGGAAGUGAAGGCAUCUUCUUCAUGAAAACUUUGACCUUCUGCUCAGACUUUAUAUACAGUUUUAACUUAGAGCACAUAGAGCUUUAACCUUUUCUUUUGUAAUGUUCUCUUUAAUGUACUGCUUCUGUAUUAUUAUGGUCUGUUACUUCCUGUCUCUCUGUCAUUGUAAAGCUGUGAGGAGUUAACUCUGGUGUUGAUAAAGAGAAAGAUCUAAAUGCUAAAGAACUAAAUGUUGGUUUCAUCUGAUGUAUGAUCUGAUUCAUUCAUUUUUUACACACUGAAAUGUUUCUCAUGUAUUUCAAUUCAUCACUUUAACAAAUGAAGACGUUCAACUUAAGGAAUCCUUUGAUAAUUUUAACUAAAUAAAGUUAAUUUAAGUGUU